AUGUCUCACGAUAAGGAACACAACUCUGACGAGAACCUCGACCAGUCGGGGUAUCUACAUGGCAAUGACUAUGCGCUCCCGUAUCUCUCACGCUGGUCAGACAUCCACGACAACUACAAGGAUCUGCUCAUGCAUAUGAACUGUGGUUACCUGUCGACGCACGGCACGCCGCCAACGCUCCUCGCUCUCAAGCAGCAUGCUCAAUCGCUGGCCAUCCUGAUUGCCAUGCUGAGCCCGACCAUUCUGCCUGGUGAGAUCAAUGCGGAGGGGGCAGACGAGAACGAGGGUGCGCAGCGUUUCGAGCUCAAUGCCUCCUUUGACUGGCUCAAUAACCUCAAUGAGCCCUACACAAACGAUGACCCGGCUCACCACUUGCCGCUCAACGCACUCGCCAACGAGGUUAAGGCCAGGCAUGAUAUCCUGGGGACCGAGUUCCACUGUCCCCUGACCAAGACGGAGAAGCCCAGGCACCCGAACCAGGCCCGCAAGCCCUACGCCAACCAUCACAACUUGGUGAUGCAUACCAACGAGUGUCUGGAGCGCCUCGAUCAUGAAUUCUCCGCCACGGGAGGUCUGCUAUCCCUCUUGCCCGAGGAAGGCGAUGGCCACUCGGUCGAAGAGAUUAGUGCAGCCCGCAACUCCCUCCUUGGACAGUGGCUGACAUUCACCGGCCACCUCGUCUCGCGCAUGCACGAGCUCGAGAUCCAGGUAGCGAAUUGCCUAGACACACUUGCGUCUGAGGCCGUCGUGCCCAUGCAGCACCUGUCCAUGUUUGGGCCGGAUGCGCGCUCCACUGGCCGCGAGCUGGCCUACCCGCAGGACAAGUGGGUGCUCGUCAACGCGGGUGAGGAUGUGUUCUCGCACAUUCACGACAUGCUCGACCGGCGCGAGGCGCUCAUCGAGGAGAAGGAGAAGAUCUGGAAGUCGUCGGGCGUGAGCGGCGAGCGCAUGUGGAUGGAGGAGCGCGGCGGCAGCACCUACGCGCGCGGCAUCGUGCCCAUCAACAUCACGACCCGGUACUACCGGCUCAAGGGCACGGGGCGCAACACGCUCUUCGUCGUGCCGGCCUGGGACCACCACCCGGCGGUCGAGUACACGCGCGAGAUGGAGAAGCGCCCGACGGUCGUCAGCGUCGUGCAGCCCAAGUUUCCGGUCCGCGCGACCGAGUUCGAGGCGAAAUAUAACGCGCGCCUGGAGCGGGCGAGCAAGCUCGAGCAGACAAACACGAAGCUGGAGAUGGAGAACAUGCGACAGAAGGACGACCUCUAUGUUCUCGAGCAGCAAGUCGAACACGAGCAGAGCAUCAACGAGUUCCUUCUCGAGAGAUCUCUUAGUGAAGGUGCUGCGGACACUACCAGCGACCCGCAAAGCCAGAAGCAGACCCGCGGGCUUGCGGAAGAGCUGCACUAUGUAAAAAGGAAUUUUCAAGAGUCGCAGGCCAAGCUUCACGAAGCACUCGAGAAAUACAAGGCGGCACAGAAGAACCUCGCCGAUCAAGAUAAAGCGAUGGGGCAGAUGUAUACCGAGCUGGAGAAUCUGACGGAAGCCAUUGAGCAGCAAGGCUUCGACAUUACCGACCAAGGACUCGUCCGCAAGCCCGGAGUGGAUAGAUUCUCUUCACUGGCAGCAACAGCAUGA